AUGGAUAAUGUCGGAAAUGGCACGCAUGUGGCAACACGCGAUCUGGAGAAAGUCUCUGGUAGUGCGGAAGCUGUUUGGGACGAGGCGUUCCUUGUCACCUUCGACCAGAAUGAAGCCCAGAACCCCUUGAAUUGGACCAAGAAGCGAAAAUGGGGGGUCACCGCGGCCAUCUCUGGCACGGGCUUUGUCCGCAUCAUGGUGUCGACAAUGAUGGCGCCGUCAAUCGAUACCAUGGCCGAGGAGUUGGAUACGUCCAUUACCGAGUCCACCAUGGCAUUGUCGGUCUAUCUUUUGGCAACAGCGUUUGGGCCACUCAUCAUCGGCCCUGUAUCCGAAAUCUAUGGAAGAAAGUCGAUUUUCCACAUUACGAAUAUCUGGUUCCUAGUCUGGAAUUUGGUCUGCGGCUUUGCCCACUCCAAGGGCCUGCUCAUGGCCGCUCGUCUUCUCGCUGGAUUUGGCGCGAGUGCAGUGUACAGUCUGGGGUACGGCGUGCUGGGAGACGUGUGGUCAGCGGAGCAGAGAGGACGGUCACUCAGUCUAUAUUUGCUCAUUCCCCUAACAGGGUCUGCUGUCGGACCCAUCGUCAGUGGUUUUAUUGUUAAAUAUUCCACCUGGCGAUGGAUGUUCUGGUCGACCGCCAUUCUCCAACUCACCCUCGACCUCUCCUCGCUUUUAUUCCACGAGAGUUACGCACCACUUCUCCUCCGUCGCCGAGCUGAGGAAUUGCGCAGUAACACGGGCGGUUCGCGUUACCACGCAGCGAUCGAAAUGCGCGAAGCAGGCCUUUCACCCCCGAGGAAGUUGAGUCGGAGCCUGUCCCGUCCCUUGCGUUUGCUGGCAUUCCAUCCAAUCAUUCAAAUGCAGGCUAUUCUGGAGGGCAUUGAUUACGGUCUACUUUACUUCGCCUUGAGUUCUUUUUCUGCUCUCUACGUCGCAGCGUACGGUGAAUCGGUUGAAAUAUCCGGACUCCACUACAUAGUCAUCUGCAUCGGCACGGUCUCGGGCUCUCAGCUCUGCGGCCCGCUCAUGGAUUAUGCCUAUCAGAGACUGAGCAGCAACACUGGCGAAACCCAAAUACCUGAGCUUCGCAUACCACUUCUACUCCCCGGAGCUCUCAUCACCCCCAUCGGCUUUCUUCUCUAUGGCUGGGCCGCGCAAUAUCACCUGAUUUGGGUGGUCGUCGACGUCGGGGCAGCCUUGUUGUCCCUCGGUAUGCAAAUAUUUGACACCACCCUGCAUGCAUAUGUCAUGGAUUCCUACCCCGAGCACGUCAGUUCGGCAUCGGCUGCAACGCAGGUGUUGCGGAGUCUGUUGGCUUUCGCGUUCCCAUUAUUAUCUAACAGUCUUUACGACUCCCUCGGAUAUGGGUGGGGGAACAGCCUGUUGGCGUGUUUAUCGAUUGGCAUCGCGCUGCCCGCGACCGGCAUCCUUUGGCGCUGGGGUGCCACACUGAGGGGGAGGCAGCAGUCCAGCUAUUGA